GCUGCAGGCUGGUACCCUGGAGGGACUGGUGCUGCGGAGCCGGAACCAUGGUGCUGACCGCGGGUGACAAGGCCAACGUGAGGACUGUGUGGGCCAAGGUGGGCAGCCACCUGGAGGACUAUGGCUCCGAGGCCCUGGAGAGGCUGUUCACCGUCUACCCCUCCACCAAGACCUACUUCCCCCACUUCGACCUGCACCACGACUCCGCCCAGAUCCGGGCCCACGGCAAGAAGGUGCUGAGCGCCCUGGGGGAAGCCGUGAACCACAUCGAUGACAUCCCCGCGGCUCUCAGCAAACUGAGCGACCUGCACGCCCAGACCCUGCGCGUGGAUCCCGUCAACUUCAAACUGCUGAGCCUGUGCGUGGUGGUGGUCGUGGGCCGCAACAACCCCAGCGUCCUUACCCCUGAGGUCCACGUCUCCCUGGACAAGUUCCUGAGCGCUGUGUCCACCGCGCUGACCGCCAAGUACCGUUAGGCGGCGGCCUCGGCCAGGCUGGCCUCCGCCAGCCUCUGUGCGCAGCCAAGCAGCCCAAUGAUCUGAAAUAAAACCUGCUGCCUUGCGCUCCA